AGGUACGACACUUCUCAAAAAUCAAAUGACAACCAAACAUCUUCUCAAAACUAUUUAAUCGUACUCUUGCAGCUUUUGGGAUUGUACGGAGAGUGCAAGUCUUUACUGAAAACUGUGAGGAUUGUUCUUAAGAGCGAGCAUACAGGGACGGCGGCCACGAGGAGUCAGUGCAUGGAAGCCGGUGACGUGUGUCCCAUCUGCCAAGGAGAAUACAGGGAGCCUCAAUCUCUCAUCUGUCAGCACAUAUUCUGUGACCAGUGCAUCGCUCUGUGGUUCAACCGGGAGAAGAGCUGCCCCCUCUGCCGCACCGUGAUCACGGAAAAAGUGUACAAGUGGAAGGACGGAGCCACAUCGGCGCACCUGCAGAUUUACUGAUCGCACGCAUUUGGGAGCGUUGAUGAAUGUUACGUUGUUUGAUUGUGAAAAUUUGUACAACACUG